AUGGUAUCUGAUGGCAAAGAUAUGAUUCUUACUGCAAGGCCACACGAUGCAGCCUAUGUAAGGACAAUCUCCAAGCAGCUCUUGCUGGGCCUUGAUCUCCUCCAUCGCCAAGCGUCACUCACUGCGGUAGACCUACAACCAGCCAAUAUCAUGAUUUCAACUGCACACAGAGAUAUUCUGCUAGAGCCUCCAGAGUUCAGUCUUGUCACAUGGCUAGACGAAAUGACAAUGGAUGAUAGCGCACCGAAAUAUCUGAUACCUUCGCAGAGACGUCGCGGACAGUUAGACGAGGCAGACUGCUCAGAACUCAUGGUCAAGCUUGGUGACCUUGGUGGAGCUGUCCAGAAUCAAGAGAGCAAUGACAAACCAGUUACUCCUACAGCUCUACGUGCCCCCGAACUCAUCCAUCGAAAUAGUUGGAACUCCAGCAUCGAUAUCUGGGCUUUGGGCUAUUUGAUAUUUGAACUGGCAACGAAUGAACCGCUCUUCCCACUGGGAACAUUUGGUCUCUCAAAAGAGCAGGUGGAUGAUGAGCAUCUUGAUCUUAUUAGCCGACUGCUUGACGGCGAUGACCAUAUAAAUAAAACUUUGAUACGACAUCUAGCGGACAGGUUGCCUGUGAACUUUGGUGCCACGAAUAUCAAGUGUUUUGCAUCGUUCCUCUGGUCGAUGCUGCAACAGCACCCUCAGAAACGAGAGUCGGCUGCUGAGUUGCUUUAUCACCCCUUCCUGACUGAACAUGUAUCUGAAAAAGGAAAACAUGACGGUGGGACGGAGUCGAGCGGGCAGCAAUCCCGCAGUCAGAUGCUCCUACUCUAA